AUGGCAAUAGCUCAACUACAUAAUUUUUUAAAGAAAAGUUCCACAUCUGCUGCUCUGUAUACGCCACGUGAAACUUUCGAUACAGAAAAUGAAGGAACGCUUAUAGAAGGAACCUAUAAAACUAUAACCAAUGGAACAAUGUCCUCAUUGCUUCCAAUUAGAAAUGUUCCCAGAAAACCCACCGGAAGUGCAGCACUAAUUAGAGACGAAUUAGCAGCGUACUUUCAAAAUAAUCAUCGAGUUUUGUGGCAAGAUAUCUAUAUGUAG